AUGACGAGGCCUAACUACACGAGUUCGACCCCACAGAGCUCUGGAAAUGGACCAGAUGGAGCCCACCCGCCGAUCACACGCUCACCAAUGGCUCAGGAGAGAGGAUUUAUGUCCAACGUACAGAGGAACCAGUCGGGCUCCCAGUUUGCCUCUCCACAGUCUGGGACUCCCAUGUCCCCACACCCAUCCCCCGGUGGCCCAUUAUAUCCUGGAAUGGGUCCUUACUCCCAGAGCGCCGCCACAGGUUCUUAUGGACCACAGGGAUCCCAGUACGGACACCAAGAAUUUGUGGAGGGUCUCACCGCGGGCAUUAAAAAACAAUGGGACUCUCUGAAUAUUCAUGAGACACCUGAACCCUGGAUGGACCUCCUGGCCCUCCUCAUGAUAUGA